CUAAAAGGAGCAAUGCAUCUCUUUGCAUGUCUGUGCAUUGUCCUUAACGUUUUGGAAGGAGUGGGCUGUUCAUGUCCUUCACAGUGCACCUGUGAUUAUCACGGCAGAAAUGACGGCUCAGGAUCAAGGUUGGUGCUAUGUAAUGACAUGGAUAUGAACGAGCUCCCUACGAACCUCCCCGUGGACACGGUGAAGCUUCGCAUAGAGAAGACUGUCAUCCGCAGAAUCUCGGCGGAGGCCUUCUAUUACCUGGUGGAGCUCCAGUAUCUCUGGGUGACUUACAAUUCCGUGGCCAGCAUUGACCCCAGCAGCUUUUACAACCUGAAGCAACUGCAUGAGUUGCGCUUGGAUGGGAAUUCUCUGGCUGCUUUCCCUUGGGCAUCUCUGCUGGACAUGCCCCUUCUGAGGACCCUGGACUUGCACAAUAACAAAAUAACCAGUGUGCCAAAUGAGGCACUCAGGUAUCUGAAGAACCUUGCCUACUUGGAUUUAUCAAGCAACAGACUCACCACAUUGCCACCAGAUUUCCUGGAGAGCUGGUCUCAUUUAGUUACAACACCUUCUGGAGGCCUGGACCUUUCCCCAAGCAGGAUUAUCCUUGGUCUACAGGACAAUCCUUGGUUCUGUGACUGUCGUAUUUCCAAAAUGAUCGAGUUGUCAAAGGUUGUUGACCCUACUAUAGUGCUUCUGGAUCCACUGAUGACUUGCAGUGAACCUGAACGCCUCACAGGAAUUUUGUUUCAGCGGGCUGAAUUGGAACAUUGUCUGAAACCAUCAGUGAUGACCUCAGCCACCAAAAUCAUGUCUGCUCUCGGCAGUAAUGUUCUACUGCGGUGUGAUGCCACUGGCUUCCCCACCCCACAGCUCACAUGGACCAGAUCUGACAGCUCGCCAGUUAAUUAUACAGUAAUACAAGAAUCUCCAGAGGAAGGAGUCAGAUGGUCCAUAAUGAGCUUGACAGGCAUUUCUUCCAAAGACGCUGGGGAUUACAAGUGUAAGGCCAAAAAUCUGGCUGGGAUGUCAGAAGCUGCGGUUACUGUGACAGUGCUUGGCAUUACCACAACUCUGAUACCACCAGACACUUCUGAAAGACCUGGAGAUCAUCCUGAGUGGGAUGCCCAGCCGGGAUCUGGAAGAUCUACAUCUAGCACAUCAUCAUAUCCUUGGUCCUCUUCCUUCUCCCCCACAUCUUCUUUUUCUGCUUCUACUUUGUCUCCUCCCUCUACUGCUUCCUUCUCUUUAUCUCCUUUCUUCUCCUCCACUGUUUCUUCAAUCACAACUCUGAGCACAAGCAUCUCAGCCACCACCAUGGCCAACAAGCAAUCAUUCCAGCUCCACCCAGAUGGGAAAAGAAAUUUAAAGGCAGCAAAGAGUGGAAAUAAGCUUCCUCCAGCCAGCACAAGUAAGAAAAAAGAGCUGGCAUUGUUGGAUCAAACAAUGCUUACGGAGACAAAUGCCACAAUAGAAAACCUCAGGGUGGUCAGCGAGACUAAAGAGAGUGUGACAUUGACGUGGAAUAUGAUCAACACCACACAUAACUCUGCAGUGACUGUGUUGUAUUCCAAGUAUGGUGGGAAGGACCUGCUGCUGUUGAAUGCAGACUCCAGCAAGAACCAAGUAACCAUAGAUGGCUUGGAACCUGGUGGGCAAUACAUGGCCUGUGUCUGUCCAAAAGGAGUGCCUCCCCAGAAAGACCAAUGCAUCACCUUUUCUACCGAAACAGUAGAAGGAGAUGAUUCUCAAUGGUCUCUCCUUCUCGUGGUGACCAGUACUGCCUGUGUUGUUGUCUUACUAUUGAUUUGUUUCUUGUUGUACAAAGUUUGCAAACUGCAAUGUAAGUCAGAACCUUUUUGGGAAGAUGAUUUGGCAAAAGAGACUUAUAUCCAAUUUGAGACCCUGUUUCCCAGGUCUCAAAGUGUAGGUGAGCUCUGGACACGAAGUCACAGGGAUGACUCAGAAAAAUUGCUGCUUUGUUCGAGGUCAAGUGUGGAAUCUCAGGUGACUUUUAAAAGUGAAAGUUCCAGACCAGAGCAUUAUUGCUAAGGUUGUGCAGCUCAGGUGCAUGUGAGCUACAAAAUUAGCAUCUAAGGGUAUAAUUGACCCUAGGUUUGGAUGACUUUUGGACAGACUUUCACAUUGUGUGUGAAAAUCACAAAUGGAAUGCUUUUAAGUGUGUUUAAAAAAUAGCAUGAGACCUCUGAACUGAAAAGACAAAUAACGUUGAUUUUUUUUCUUGUGUGGAAAAGGUCUACAGAAAUAAUUUUUAGAGUGUUGCAUACUAAAUUAUUAAUACUUUUUAGGGUACUGUUUUAGUUCUUAAAAAUAAGUUCAUAUGAAAGUAGCAAAUGAACUCUGUAUUUAAAAAUACAGUUUUUUGAGUAACGAGGAAACAUUAGCAAAACCAGCUAAGCCUUGAUGUUUAUUCAUGUUCGAAGUGCAUUAUGGCAUUUUCUGUGGACGUUUUCUGACGUUGCCUAAUGGAGAGUGUGGGAUCACAAAGGAUUUUUUGUUCACUAAGGUUAAAUCUAACUCAUGGGGGAGGGAGGGCUCUGUCUCUUCAUACCAUUAUACAUUGUAAUACUAUAGAGUUGUGUUCAUAUUGCAUGUAAGAAAAACGUUUGCUUUUCUUUAGAAAUAUAGGUAUUAGUAAAAGUAAGUAUACAAAGAGGAUUAUGACAAAUAGACCAUUUCUUUAAAAAUGGUAACUGUUGCAUUGAAACACAUCUGCUGACAGAUAAUAUGGAUAUUUAAAAAUAACUUUAAAUCAGUCUUUUAAUAUUUUGCUAUUUGCUCUUAUUUUCUCUCUUCUUUCUUCCUUCCUGGUCUUCCCUCCCUUUCCUUCCUUCAUUCCUUCUUUCUUCUGCUUUGUCAGAAGAUAUACAAGUGGCCAAAGAAUCACAAGCCAAGCAGUUUGUCUUCUGCCAUAUUAUCUUUUGAUUUCUGUGAUAAAUAAAAAGCUUUUGAAAUUACUUACUGCCCUUUGAAAGUCUGUUUUAGAGCCCCAAAGGAUAUUUGAGAAUUUUGAAAGGGAAGCCUCAGUAGAUUCAUUUGGUUAGACUCUUUUCCUAGGUUAAAAACAUCGGGGAACUUAAAUACAUAGGAAAGGAGUUCAUAAAUAAAAUUUAGUUUUUUUAGAAAGGGAAUAUUUUAAUAACUGUAGUGUACUAUAAGAGACAUCUUGUGGCUUUAAGAUUAAUGAUAGUGAUAAGACCCACUCAAGCAUCUCACAGGGCUGAUAUUACAUGCAACUUAGCAGGAUGCAACCUGGCCCAGUGAUUUCCAGGAGACAAGGACACCUCAGCACAGAUGCAACUUUCAUAAAUCUUAGAACAAAGCCUACCCUUACUAGAUUAAACCUGCUCUAUGAAAGAAACACUUGGUAUUUGACCCAGACUGAAUACAUAUAUAAGAAAUGGGAAAGAUCUCCCAAACUCUGAGAAUGGUCCUCAAAUAGAAGCCCUCCUAGUCAGUUGGUCAUCUGACCUCUGACUAUAUCCGGCCCAUGACACCAGCCAACUCCUGCUUUCCUUGUAAGAG